CUUUGUCUGGAGAAACCACCCAUUUCAACCAAUAGGAUCGCUCCAUACUCCCUAUGUCUUCUUUGUCCGUAGCUUUGUCUAUCAAUUUCAAUUAUCAGUCCGCAGGAGCCGCAAUACCAAGCGAAAAGUCAUUCAUCCUAUAAAACCCGGGAUCCGGCAGUGAUAAAGCGAACUGAUUCAGUGAUAAGGGUUGCGUGCGUGCGUCGGGGGUGAUGCGGGGGGCGGGGGGUGGGAGCGUUGGCGAUGGGCGAUGGCGCGGCUGAGGGGAGCGGAAUGCGCCGCCGCAAGGGUGUGAGGGCGCAGCGCGGGCGAGGAGCGGCCAGUCUGGUGCUAUGCGCUGGUGGCUCCUGCUGGUGUGGCUGGGCUGGUGCUUCGCGGCUCGACCCCCGCCAACGGUGACGAUUCCCGGCCAAGGCGCCGUCUUCGGCAAAGAGAUCACCGUCUCGCGGUCCCAGAGGGCCAUCGCCUACCUCGGCAUCCCGUACGCCGAGCCCCCGCUCAAGGAGCGACGCUUCCUCCCGCCCAGGAGCGACCCCCCGCCGGCGUGGAAGGGACUCCGUGAUGCUACGUUCUUCCGCAACGCGUGCAUGCAGAGCGAGGACGCCCUCCGCAGGCAUGACCGCCUCGUCACCAAGCUCCUGCCGGACGAGAAGAUCGUCUUCCACGAGGAUUGCCUCUACCUUAACAUCUUCUUGCCCGAAGGAAAAGUCACGGAUCCAUGGCCUGUAAUUGUAUGGCUACACCCAGGUGACUUCAGAGUCGGCGCAGCUAACUUUUGGGAUGGUUCCGCUCUCGCAGUGAAGCAGAAGGUGAUCGUUGUGACGCUCGGUUUUCGACUGGGGAUCUUCGGGUUCCUAACGACUCUGGAUAACGAAAUUCCAGGGAACAACGGCCUGCUGGAUCAGGUAGCGGCCCUGGAUUGGGUCCAGAGGAACAUCCAGCUCUUCGGGGGCGCGCCCUCCAAAGUCCUGCUGGCGGGCCAUGGAGCCGGCGGCAUCAGCGUUGGACUGCACCUUGUGUCACCGCUUUCCGCAGGGAAGUUCUCGCAUGCCAUCGCAAUGUCUGGCAGCGCCCUUGCUCCGCACGCUCUGCAGAGGAAAAAGGUCCAGGCCAACCUCAUCGACAGCCUCGCUGUCGAGCUCGGAUGCCACCGCACGCCCACCUCAGAUCUCCGUAGUUGCCUGCAACAAAUUGACACAAGAUUCCUGAUGGAAAAGGUAGACAACGUGGACGCCUGGGGUCCGAUCCUGGACCAGCCUUUCGUGAAUGAGUCGGGACGAUUCUUCCUGGCUGAGCUUCCAGUUGACUCCUUCCAAAGCGGGCGCUUUGCUAAGGUGCCCUUUCUGACCGGCUACGUUAAAAUGGAGGACGCUUGGGAGUUCUUCGACUCGACCGAGAACCGCAUUACCCAGGAGCAGUAUGAAGCUAAUAUAAUGAAGUUCGCCCAGGAAACGGAGAUCGAACUCAUGGAGGAGGAAGAAGAAAAAAUGGAUGAGGACUACUCCGGCAAUUGCACUGUCAACACGCAGCUCCUUGUCGACUCCAUCUCCUUCUACUAUUCCCCCCACCCACCUAUCGUCGACGACACCGUCCGCCUCCAACAGUACCUUACGCUAAGUGCCGAGAGAAAAUAUGGAGCAGGAGCUUUUCGGCAGGCCUAUUUCAUGUGCCCUCAUGGUCCCACUUAUGUUUACAGGUUUGACUACAAGCUAAAAACAAACGGGAUAAUGGACCUGCCGGACUGGCUGGAGGUGCCGCACAUGUUCGAGCUUAUAUUCGUCUGGGGCAUGCCGUACUGGUCGUCACUACCCUCGGCGACCGUCUGGAACGCAGCCGACAAGCGGACGGCCGACGUGAUCAUGGCCAUGUGGACCAGUUUCCUCCGCACCUCGAACCCCAUCCAAAGCUCGCUAAACAUCAAGUGGGACAAGUUCACCGCCGAGAACCCGGCAGUCAUCCUCCUGGAUCGAAACUUCGACAUGAACGACGGCAGCCUCCUCAACUACAAAUCCUUCGAAUUCUGGAACGAGUACUAUCCCCGCGUCACCGAGGCUGCCAAGAUCUGCUGCAACUUGACCGCCACAGCUGCGAGGACACGCUACGAUUUCCUUGCCACCGUCAUUGUGGUUGGAGCCAAUUUGAGGUUUUUCCACUGACCGGGUAAGAUUUUUAGUCAGAAAUAACCUACCACAUGACGGGUAAUAUUGUAAUAGACCCGGGAUGGUAAAAUGGGUGCAAGAUCCCUAACCCUGAGCUUGUCUGACUCGGGGGCGCAGCGAAGCUCUAAUCAGGGGGAAAUAAUCAACAGCACGUCUCCGAUAGGGAUCACACUUUUAUUCCCUCUCCGAGAACUAACAAAAUACAGAUAUGCACACGAACCUUAUGACUACGGAAAUGCGCAUCACACAACAACUAAGCUGGCCUAUCUCCGAGUGCUUAGGGCAUCGGACCUCGGCGAAUGCCUAUACUCCACAACGCGUAGCCGACUGCCCAGAGUCAAAGCUGAAGCCGGCCGAACUUAGCUCCGGCCUUGAAAAGCCGGCCAUGAGGCAUCACUCGCCGCAAUCCAAAACACAAAACACUCGGUACAAAGGACACAAACAAUUUCCCCGGAAAUUGCGUGUGAUCCAUUUCAAUAUCGUAAUAGGUAGACCAGGGGAUAAAAAGGUUGAAUGGUCCCCUGGUCUCCCGAACUGCCUUGCUUGGGGGGGCGCAGCGUAGCUCGAUGGUAAAAGGUAUGAAAGGGAACGCCACGAGACGUAUAUUAUAUCCAGAACUCUUUACUACUCUACAACAACUCUACCACAAACUUUAUACUGGCAGCCCAAAUUCCUUACCACUAUAAAACGCUUAAAAAACACAACAUACUGAGACCUAAGGGCACUGGACCUCGGUGAUGCUCAGUUGCCAAACACGUAGCCAACUGCCCAGAGCCAGAGCUUCAGCCUGCCGAGCUUAACUCCAGCCCUGAAAACCUGGCUAUGAGACGGCACGCUCGCCUAAACUUCAGUCCGGAAAAACGCGGCCGCUGACGCAUAAACAAUGCCAAGACCGCAUCGAACGCUCACUCCAAAGGACACACGAUUUUUCGGAAAUUGUCCCGUCCUAUUGCAUGAUCUGUCCUUUGGAAAACAAAAAAAAAAGAAGAAAAAAACAUGAACCUCUGGGUCUCAGCGAAAACAGUCGUGGGAAUCCACCCCCCUUUUUCUCAGCUAAAAUUCAAAGCACAAAUCAAAAAAAAAAAAAAAAUGACAAGACGACCCUUUAGAACUUUACAAAUUGACCUAACCCCAUUUGGUUAACUUGUUGAAUUGGGGAGAUUUUUAAAUAAAUAAAUCUUUAGAUACAAUAAAAUGAUCUAACUCAAAUUAAAUUAUCCAAAUAGCGUUGGUGUGGAACUCGUGUUUUUGUCUACUAAGAGGUUUAGUCAUAAUAUCAGCAAUCAUUUUUCCGGUUUCCACAUGUUUUAUAACAAAUCUUUUUUCUUUGAGUUUUUGUCUUAUGAGAUGAUGACGUAUGUCAAUAUGUUUAGUGCGCUUGUGGAACACCGGAUUCUCUGCUAGGUCUUUGGCUCCACGGUUAUCAGUAAAAAGCGUUACAUCUAGUUUCGUCAAUAAAAUUAUAUCAAUCUGUUUUUCAUCAAAGAUCUCGGCAUAAAGAUUUUUCAAGUAACAACCUUCUUUCGCUGCUUCGCUUAACGCAUAGUAUUCGCAGUAAACCUCGCAAUCCAAGCCCCUGGUGGUAAAAAAUCUGCGCCGCUUACAAAUUACACCACACAAUUAUUGUCAUUCCGGUUCUCUAUUUUCUCUUCUCUCGGUCAUCCCGUCGAAGACAGUGUCCCGAGCGACCGCCUCCUUUAUCGUCCGAGUGUAGUUGCCUGUCUUCCAGUCUUGGUAUCUCUCCGUCAUCUCCGCCAUCGUUGCUAAAAACCGCGAUAAGGAGAUCCCGGUAAGCGCCUUCAAACUCAUGCGAUACUAUGCCGGUUGCAUCCAAGCUCCGUCCUCGCGGUGGAAAGAGCAGCAUGUCACUGCACAGGCUCCACUGCCGCGAUAGUACGUCUAUAUAUGCGUAUAUACAGGGCAUAUGCGUAUAUGUAUCUGUACAUAAAUACUUUGAAGCCUUUUGAUUCGGUGAGAAAAAAAAAUUGGUAUUGGAGGAGAUAAAAUUAUGGACCUUCUGGUCAAAGUAGGAAAAAAUAGAGAGGAUUAAAUGUGAUAAAUUUAUUCAACUUUGAUCUGAAAAACAAAACAAAAAAAAAAAACAAAAAAAAUCGUCAAUAGUGCACCCCUGCCCGGAGGGCCGGCCCCGGCUCCAAUCUGAAUCCCUUCUUUUUGCAGAUCCAGUACACUCGUACGGCCGAACUGACCACUUUGCAGGCCAACUUCAGGUGUCCCCAGGCUUGCCGCAGGCUGUAAGCUGGCAGGUACCACUCCAAAUCCCAAUCCACAAUGAUUUUUUGGGACGGCCCCAUUUGUGAUGUUGUGAGCCCGAGGUAAUUUUCGGACGAAUAAUUUCUCGACUGAUUGAUGCAAAUUUUUGUAACUUUUACCUUUUGAGAUUCUUCCACUAGCAACUUUUCUGAGGCUUGUGUCCUGAGGAUUUUGACUCUUUCCUCUCGCAUUGAGUGAAUGAAUUGGUGCUUGCAGAUUCAACCCAUCCUUUGACUCCUCAGGGCUGUUCAACAUAUGAGUCCCGUUUCUAAUACCUGGACAGGCACUCACUACUGAUGUAGGCGCAUUGUCCUUAAAAAACUCACUUUGAAUGCAAAAA